UUUCAGGGCAGCCAGUCACCGCUCCUCUCCGCUCCACAGCGCCCCGCUCCGGCCGGCCGCUGCACUGCGAGGAGAAGCCGUGUGAGCCCGGUGAGCGACUGCCGCUGAAGACACAACACCGCUGUCUGCACUCAGCCUGACCUGCGACUGGCAAUGGACUACGUGAACAACACCUCCAACAGCUACAGCUCUGGAGACACCAUGAGCUCCUCCUUAGCCAACAUGACCAUCAACGACCAGCACCACCAGGAGAACGGAGUCCAGAUGGGACACAGAAGCCCCGGAGACGCCAAAAUGAAAGAUGAUGACGCAGCGCUCAGUGAAAACGGGGUGAAACCUGUGUCUGAACUCUGUGAGGACGCGGUGAAACCUGCAGAGACGUCUGCAGAGGACGGCGCUGCUGGAGCUGAAGUGUCUGAGCUCUUGUGUGAAGACGAGGGGCAGCUUGCAGCAGCAGGAGGAGCCGCUCCAACAGCUCAAGCAAAGAUGGAUAAUGGCUCUGCAGAUAAGAUUCAAACUGCCACCGAACCAACCUCAUCCCUUAAAAGACCAUCUGUAGUCACCAAGGGCAACAAAACACACGCUUCCUCCCGAAACGGCCCCAGCGCCAUCCCCAUAAAAACCGGCAGCACGGGGCCCAGGCUGCCCGGAAGUGGAGCUGGUGCCAAGUCUCAAACUCCAGCAGCCAAAACUGCCAGAACUGCAGCUCAACCAGCUAGUGCCAAGAAACCGCCCACUCCAAAAAAUGACAAAGAUAAGAGUGGACAGAGCAGCCCUGGCACUCCAAAAUCUCCCGCUAGCCAAGCGCUGUCUGCGAAGGCGGCGGCCGAGGCCAGCAAAGUGAAGAAGGUCGCGGUGGUGCGUUCUACACCCAAAUCCCCGGGCUCGCUGAAGACCCGCUCGCCGGCCCCCCUGGCUGCUGCGGCGCCCAUGCCGGACCUGAAGCACGUCAGGUCCAAGAUCGGCUCCACAGACAACAUCAAACACCAGCCGGGAGGUGGAAAGGUACAAAUCCUUGAUCAGAAGGUGGACUAUAGUAAUGUCCAGUCUAAGUGUGGCUCCAAAGACAAUGUGAAACAUGUACCUGGUGGCGGCAAUGUCCAAAUCCUCGAUAAGAAGCUGGACUUGGCCAACGUCCAAGCUCGUUGUGGAUCUAAAGACAACAUAAAGCACACGCCUGGUGGAGGCAAGGUACAAAUUCUUGAUAAGAAGCUGGACUUAAGCAAUGUGCAGUCCCGAUGUGGCUCCAAAGAUAAUAUAAAACAUGUACCCGGUGGUGGCAAUGUUCAGAUUGUGCACAAAAAGAUCGAUCUAACCAACGUUCAGUCGAAAUGUGGAUCGAAAGACAACAUUCGUCAUAAGCCAGGCGGUGGAAAUAUCGAGAUCAAAAACGAGAAGCUUGAGUUCAAAGUUCAGUCUAAGAUCGGCUCUCUUGACAACAUCGGCCACGUCCCCGGAGGUGGACAGAGAAAGAUUGAGAGCCACAAACUGAGCUUCCGUGAGACAGCCAAGGCCCGCACUGACCACGGCGCUGAGAUCGUGUCUUUGGAAGACUCCCCCCACCAGCUCAGCACCGUGUCCUCCUCCGGCAGCAUCAACAUGACCGACUCUCCGCAGCUGUCCACACUUGCUGACCAGGUGUCCGCCUCUCUGGCCAAACAAGGCUUGUGAAUGCACCCUCCACCUCCACUUCCUCCACCACACGACCACGUAGAGGAGUUGUGAUGCCUUCCUCAUUAUUUUCACAGGACUUUUUUCGCUACCCACCACUGUUUAUCCCUCACUAACCUUUGAAACUCCUCGAGGCGUUACUUGUAGAGAGAAAAAAACCCAGAUUAACAAGUAGACCGACAUGUCUUUGGUUUCUCUCUCUGUGAUCUUUGAUAUCUUUAUUUGCUAUUUCUACCUUUUGUAAGUCUCCCUUUAAGAGUUAAAGCACCCCAGCACAGCCAAAUUCUCCCUGUGAAUCUGAGGAUCUUCAUACGUGUCCUGGUGAAUCUGACGUCAUUUAACACUUGGUUUCCCGUCACAUUGACUGUAAACCCUUUAGGAAGUUAAGUCCCCUUCGAUGGGUGCCCCCGAUAUUUCUUUUGAUAUAAGUGGAGGUUGGGUCCAGUUAGUGCUGCGGCAGAAGGAACAGGGUACGGUGAGGGGUGUCGGAGGAAAACUGUUAAAAAGAAAAGUAGCGAUUUUUUUCGUCAAGGCAGAAAAGAAAUGCUUUCAGACCUCAGUGCUGUCUUUGCUUUGUGUAGUCCCGACACGACAGGGGAGUAACCUGGAUUCAAAAAAUAAAAAAUAAAAAAAAUAGAACGGCUAGAGUAGAAACUUUGGUUUGUGUUGGGCACAGUUUUAUAAUCGUACUCUGUGGAUAUAUGACAUGUAUUUGAUAUGAAGAAACAUUUGUAUUGUGCCUGCUACUGUCAGUGUUAAUUUUCUUUGUUUUUGUUACUGCUGUAUUGUAAAUGCGCUAAAGCUUGAGGAAAUUAACCUUAAAGUGUAACUUUCAUGGCCAAAUUAUUAUUAAGAGGAAUAGAGACAGUUCAUCAUCGAUAUUUAAACUGCUGUAUGCACAUCAAAGGUAGGUAGAGUAACGCUCAUCACGAUUACUGAAAAUAUUCUUAAAGAGAGACUACGUAAUGAUCAGAUGAUGCUAAAUGCUAAGCUAGUAGUUAUCAUUUAGCUGAAAUGCUAAGCUAGGAGUCAGAUAUUAGCCCCCGAAGAUUCCGGUCACCCCGACUGAGUGCGGCCGCAGCAGUGACAAACCGUCAGCGUAUUAAACUACGUUAAAGUGUUAUUUCCUCUCCAACGUUACAUAGUCUCACUUUAAAGGCUGAAAAAAUGUCGUAUUUUAAAAUGUACUCAACCAGAAUGAAUAUUGCAAAGCGGAUGGAUGUAUGAUGGAUGGAUGACAGAUGGACGGAUGAUGGAUGGACGGAUGGAUGAUGGGUUGAUUGGGCCAAGUUGAGAUGAAGGAAGCUGCACAGGAAUGAUUUCAUCUGUAUCUGUACCUGAGCACCGAACACUGGAUUCAUCAUGACGUGACUCGGCUGGUUGCUUUUAUCUGAAGUGAUGAAGCUGCACUACACGGCCAAAAGUAUGUGGACACCUGAAUAUCACACCCGUAGAGACCCUGUGUCCUCAUCACAGCAUCACAUUUGGACUUGACCUUACACUUUAUUCUACUUAACUCAGACCUGUUGUCCUCGUUCACAGGCACUUUUUGUGCCAUCUAGUGCUAGUAAGAGCACAAUACACUGAUCCAUGUAAAAAACAAGAUGGCCGCCAUCUCUGCAAAGUCAGUCUGCAGCUGAUCCAGGUCCAAAACCUGAUCACAUGUGAUGGUUGAAACGUGAUUGAGAACGUUGGGACUUUAUUAUCGUCUCGUUUGAGGACAUUGAGGCUUAAUCAUCGACAGUGUUAAGUUGUUAUGCUCAGCAGGUCCUGCUGAUCCCACGUAGCUAUGGGAAAUUAAAAAUACACACAACCAACAGUCCAGGUCUCAGGAGGACAUGUGGGUUUAAGUAUCCUGUUCCAACACCAUGUGCUUGAAUCUGCUGCUAACAGCCUCCACGUAACGUGUUUGAACCCGGCUGCACAAUUGUGCUCCAGUUAUUAAUGUUCAACACUUCCCGCUCUUUUUAGCUUGUGACGACCACCUUUGUUUUAUGUGGUCACUUUUUAGAGUUGAGAAAUGUCCGAGUUGGUCUCAAAGAAGAGUGGGGAGUAAGUCUCAUUAAUGGGCGCUCUCUGUCUCGUUAUCUGUGCGUUCCAGUACCCAAACUAGCAGACGAUAUAGUACGCCAGAUCAAGAUUCAGUAUGUGAAAUGCAGUAUGCCAAGGAUACCAGGAUGUUUAAUUACAUCCAGUUGGAUUUUGCAGUAAGACAGUAUGCUUUUCUGACCCACAGGGUGUCACAGAUAUAACCGGGUUCAAUAGGAGACUGUUUAACACCACCUUACAUGAUAUUUCAGACCAAACCUGCAUGCUAUUUAUUAUUGCAAUUCUUCCGUCUGUGCAAUGAGUGUAAACAGUCAUUGUGAGCAACAAUAGUUAAGACCUAUCAGAUCUGAAUUUAAGACUUUUUAUGGCCUUAUGUUAAGGAAACUUAAUUUAGGACAUUUUAAGGACCUGUGGACACCCUGAACCCACAAUCCUCUGCAGCGAAAGAUGAGUCACAUUGAUAGAUGACAGCCUGUUUAAGUGACUGAUGACCAGUUGAUGAGUAAUUAAAGGAAUAUUAACUGGUUAUAUUUGAUUAUUUUAUUCAGUCAAACAGUGUUAAAUAACGACGACAGAGAAACGUACAGCUUCUGUAAUGUUGCUAUCAUGACUGUAACAUGUUAGAAUCUACAGUGUAUGCUGUUAUUACAAAAUAACAUCAGAGUAGUCAGGGUUCACCUCUGUCUCCGGCCAGCUCGCUGAACUUAUUUGAUCUCCAUGGUAACGGAUAUAUGAGUAAGAGGGUCAAGGUUUAGGAUUAAGCACUUCUUAAGGGCAGCUGCAGCACACACUAAAAGUAACAAGUUAAAGACUCUGGAUGCACGCUGUGUUUCUCUCGGCAGCAGCUGGUGAGUCCUGUGCGCCACCUAGUGGUAAGAUUUGGUACACUGUUUGGCUCGGUAUGAACUGGUUUGAAAGCAUUUCCAUCAGUCUGCCCCUCCUGUUCAUCGCCUCAUGACCCCGUCAAGAUUAUCUAGACCCCUAGUGGAGGGUUUUGUUCCUGAACGUGGGCACCACAGUGACAUACUGCACGCUGGGAACUGAGGAGUCUGCUCCAACAGCCUCACAACAUGAAGUGCAGUAGUUGGCAGGGUCGUCCACAAACUUUUGGCCACAUGGUGUAUUUCAGCUCCAGAGCCCAUGCAGAGACAGGGCCACGGAUAAGAAAAGAUUACGAUGGAGUGAUUCAACUAUUUAUCUGUAAAGACUUUUUAUUUGUUGAAUGAAACGAAUGCGAGCAGCUUUUAUCCUCCAUUUCUAACAAGAACAAUUUUCCCUUAAAAAUAUACUCGUGCUCAAAAACCGUCCUGAUGUUGAUCAAUAUUCCCAGUGACUCAUCACUAUUACUCGCAUUAAUAUGAAGUGAAACAACUUCUCGCAUGCACCUCAUGUAAGAGAGUCUGCUUGUUGCCUCCCCCCUUCACAAAGUGGUCUCUUUGUAUAUCCUGUCUUAUACACACUCUCUAGAUUCUGAAAGACGUCCUGAUCCAGGACUUAAAGAAAAACACAAAGUGGUUAUACGGAGUCAGAAACACUUUGCACCCAGCUUUAAGUUUGUUGCCAACAUAGAUAUAAAAGUGUUUUAUCUCUAUGAUCGCAAAGAUGCUACGUUGUUUGCUGAUAGGACGUAAGGAUGUGCUCGCAACAUUACCUGCAUGCAUUUUAAUUUUACACGAAUAGACCACAUUCGUCUCAGUGUGCAGGACAGACGUGAGAGCUGAGGGACGGGAGCUGCUCCCGCCGUGCACAGGAGACACAGUGUGCAGUAUAAUGUGCGUUCACUGGGUCCUCUCGUGUCUGACAGGAGUUUUUCUGCAGUAACAAAAACUCAUCACCUUCUUUUUGGUUCUUCUGACGCUGUACAGUUGUGGAAAUGUGAUUGUUCUUGUUAUUGUGCAUUUGAUCAAUAACUGGUUUAUGAUGAUUCUUGUUGCUGUAUAUGUGUAUUUGAAAAUAAAUGCUAUGAAGUCAC